AUGGAAAAUGUGAAGGUCCUCACAAUCGCAGAGUUACUCCAACGCGGCCGUUGCCUCACCGGAGCCUCCUCUUUCGGUACCCCUUCAAUUGCUCCCAAUUCAAACCAAACCUCAAACCCCUCCAUUUCUCCCACCCACUCAAACCCUAACCCUAAUUCCACCACCAAGGUCCUCCCUUCUCUCCACCAUUUCGCCCUCCUCAUCGGAACCGUAACCCUCCCCACCGCCACCACCGCUUCCGCUCCAGACGCCGCCGCCGCCGCCGCUCCUCGAUGCUCCUACAACACUUGCUUCCAAUUCUCCGACGAAUCCGCCGCCUCGAUCUGCUGCGACGUUCUCGAUUUCGAUGCUCGGAUUCUCGGCAAGAGAAUCAACGUUCUUGCUUGGAAUUUCAUUCCAAUGAAACGUGGCGGUGGGUUCUUAGAGAUUGUCAGAUGGGGGUUUCGAGAUUCGAUCACCGGAGUUCUUCGGUGUUCGAAUAUCAUUUCAAUUGAUUUAGGCCCUUCUGGUGUUGUUGAAAGCAGUUGCAAGGCUCGUCAUGGUGUUUUUGGCGCGGUGGAGUCGGUUAGUCCUUUGUCCAUUGUUUCCUGUAGAACAGGUGAUAGCAAUUCGAAGAGCAAUGCGGCUUUGGAUUCAGGCCCUCCAACAAGCCUUCGCGGCUUCUUGGUCCAAUUUAUGGUCUGCGAGUGUAGAUCGUGUAGCUCAAAGGAGUCACUUAUGGUUUUGAGGGAUUUAAUUCAAGAAAAAGAUGCUCAUUCGUUUACCAAACCAGUGUUUGUGUAUUGUUGUGGUUCUGCUUCAUCGUGGCAUCCUGUGUUUACAAAACUAGUGGGAAAUAUUGUUGCUUUAUCAGGCUUGAAAAAGAAGUUGGUUUAUAUAGGAAAGGAAGAGUCUAAAGUAAUGUGUGUCACUACAGGAAAUUCUGCCUUACAUUUGAGCAGAUUGUCCAGGAAAUGGACGCCGAAAGUUAAAGUAGUUAGAAAGGGGAAUGGGGAAGUUGGUACAUAUAGAGGGAUAGUUAGAGGAGUGUAUAUGCAAGGAAUGCUUGUGGAAUUGGACAAUGAGGUGUGGCUUAUGCUAACUGAUCAACUGCUUACUCCACCACAUAGUCUUAGGACGGGCGCUCUUGUUUCUGUGAGAAAUGCCCAUUUUGUGAAUCCAAGAUUCUCUUGGACAAGAAGAAUGCUUAUACUUGGUGCUUGCUUUAGGACCAAUGUAAUUGUGGAAUCCUUCUCACCAAUAGAAACUCGGUGUCAUAUAGCUUCACAAUCACAGAGUUCGUUGCGGAAGUUCAUCGAGUCCUUAGCAUUUUCUUCCAGAUUAUGGGUAUUGCUGGUUGCCUCGUAUUUCCGGAAAAAGUUUGCUGGUAUCUUAUCUGAGAAGGAAAUUUUGGGCUCAAAACAUCCGGGAGUAUUCAUGGAAUUUUGCAAGCAUGAUUCCUGUGGCUGUGGUUGUGAGCCAUACAUGGAUAAUCUGACUCUGGCAAUCCCCUUGUCUCUUUUCAUAUGUCACUGUGAGCCCACUUGGAUGAGGACACUAAACCUGGAAGGUAACAGUAGAAAAUUGCAUGAUGACAAACAGUUCAGCACUUCUCCAUCCGGAAGACUGCAGUUUGUUGAUGCAACUGGUAGCAUUGAUGUUCUAGUACCAGACCUUCCAUCAACUUGGGAUGCCACCAAAAUAAUAAAGGUAGUUGACUACCGUGUAAUUAUAGAAGGCAUGCCUGGGUUUGUGGAUUCGGAAGGAUUGCUUGAAUAUGAUUUGUUCUCGACCCGAACUAUCUUUGAUUUUGUACCAUUGGCAACAAAGGCAAAUUUAACAGUUUGUGUUUACUUUCGCCUGAGAAGUCAGUUGUGCAGAAAUCUUUGCUUUUAUCCAUGCACUGGAUUGGGAGAAGAUUUGAAGAAAUUUGAAAGUGGAACAUUUCACCUGUUAUUGAUUACCCACAAAUUUCCUGCGCUACAGAAGUUUCAAGGUGAUGCUUUAAUAACAAGCUCAUCAAGCUUGUUUGUUGAGGCUAUAAUCUUGCCAUGGAAUUUAUCUGUUGCUGGAAACAAUGCUAUUUCAUGUCAAACUGGGGCAGUUGGGGAUGAUCCAAAGAAUUCCAUGGAAUUUUGUGCUGUUGGAUGUUACUUGAAGAAUGGUUCUUUCAAGAGACGGAAGGUUAGUGAUUUAUCAAGGAAGGAACUAACUUCGGGUUCAAUGGACUGUUCCUGUGAGGCUAUCGGAAGAUUGAAUCCUUGUUCCAAGUCUUACAUUGAAUCCAGUGAGGAUAGAACAUAUAGCAACUUGAGUUCUCAUGGAAUAUCUUGUUUGGCUAUAAUUAGUGGAGUUACUCGUUCAGUUAUCUUGCACUGUACAAAAGCCAAAUUAAAUAGUGGUGGCUUUAGUGGUCCUAGUGGGGAGAAGAUAUUACUCGAGUUCAAGUCUGACAGCUUUUAUAAGUAUCAGCUUUUGCAGAUUGGUUGUUAUUAUAUCACAAAGCAUGAUAGAGAAGAUUCUUUUUGUAAUCUAAAGGGCUCUGACUAUUUCAUUGGUAAAAAGAUUCUCAUCCCUUCCACAACUCACAUGUGGAGCCUUUCAUUUGGCACAGAUGGGGUUUGUCAGAAUAAUAGUUCAUCAAAGUGUAUUCCAUUGGAUGAUUCUUUUAGAAGUGACGAGCUACUAUCUGGAUACCAUAAGGAAGCGCUUCUUCAGACGUCCAAUAGAAAUUUGUCUGAAACCUCUUCAGACAUGUCUCUUUGUCUGUCUGCAAAUGUAUUAGGUCUUGGAGAGCUACACCUAAAGGAAUUGAAAGAAAGCCUGAUCAAGCCAGUUGUGACACCUAAAGACAUUCCAAAUAUCUCUUCAUGCAUUAGUCCUGUUAUUCCUGUGCCUCCACUAUCCACUGCAUCUAACAUGUUUCCUGAGGGAAAUCUAAUAUCUGUGUGUGGACAUGUGGUUGCGGUUCAUAGCAUUGAGGACAAUUCUGUUGAUCCAUAUUUAAACCGUCAAAACCUUCGUGAUCCUCUUGAGCUGAGAUUCUCACCAAGGGCAACAAGCAGUUGCAUUCACGUGGUGGUGGAUCAUCAGAUUAUAAAGCUAUCUGGGACUUUGCGCGCAAAUGAACUCCCGGUCGGAUUUGGACCUGGUGUGGAUGCGACGUUUUAUCGGAUUCUUGCAUUGCGGGAGCAGAAAAGAUGGAUCUUGACAUCUGUAUCAUUUAUUACAAUCCAUUCCGUCAGCAGAGUCAAUGAUUCAUGUGCUGUCAAUUGCUCUAAUCCUGCUUCAGACAUGUCCAAUGCUUCCCCCCAAGAGAUCAUAUGCUCAGGGUUAAUAUCUGAAUUGGUUCAGUGUUUGGACUUCAAGCCAAUGCUGUUGCACUGCAGGGUUGUUGCUCUACAUUUCCUGGUUCUAGAGAAGAAAAGUAGAAAUGUCAAUUAUCAACUAAAGAAUCACCUGAGGCAGCAUCUUGUUGACAUCCCGCUUGCUGGCUUUGUGCUAGAUGAUGGUUCUUCUCCAUGCUGUUGUUGGGCUAAUGAUGAAAGAGCAGCAACCUUGCUGAGGCUGUAUGAAGAAUUCCCACAGUCAGCUUCUGAAAAUAGUGACUGGACCUUAAAGUGGACCAGAAAGAACAAUAAUGCAUGGUGUUCCACAAUCUAUCAUCUUGAGAGAAUUUUAAAUAAUCAUCAUCGGAUUGUUGUGAGGAACUACGGAUCAAUGUUUGAUUCGUCUUAUCAAGAUCUUGCUGUGUCUGUGAGUUCAGAUAAUGCCCUCAAUAGCUAUGAUGAAAACCUUUUGAAGUCUAUAGUCUUCAAUACUAUUGGUGCUAGUACGAUGGAUUUGGAUGCUGUGAGGCGUUUGAAGACGGAGAACCUUAUGGAAACGGAGAUGUCGUUGCAUUCCAUGCAACAUAUAUGGGCCACCGAAGUUGAACACACUAACCAUCUCAGUCAGGCAAGGAACGGUAUUCAAGAACUGAUAGACGGGUAA